AUGUUCUAUGAAAUAGGUUAUCAACCCCAUAUUUCUCUUAUUAGCAGUUUUAAAAAGUUGAAUCUACCAAGUGUUUGGAGUUUUUUCUUUGGUAUCACUGUUCGUUGUCUGUCUGGAAGGAAUUGUGGACUUGAUAAGGUGUCCAUUGAGAUAGCUAGUGCCAGAUUUUGGAGUCUUAAUUUGCAUGAAACUUUUAGCCAAGCAGGAAUUCAGGUACCUGAAGAUGUUGAGACUACUCAAAUCUCAACUCUUAUAAUUUUAAAGGAUUCUCUAGAUGAUCCUAUGGUAUUUUUGGUUUUUGGGAAGAUACUUGAUGUUAUACUUAACCUAGUAUCUGCUUCGAAUCAGUUUCUAAUCCAAUACAAAGCUUCAUUGGAUAUUACUUCUUUUAGUUCUACUUUAAAGAAUGUCACAUUUAAGGAGGUAGAUAGUUCAUCUAAAGCUUCUCAAGUUGUUAAGAAAAAGAAGUCCACAUUAAAGCCUAAAGUAGUUACUCAUAUAUUUAUUUCUGAGAAGCCAAAUGGCUCAGGGAAGACAGUAAAAGGUGUUUCUAAGAGGAAGAAAACUCAAAGUGAUUUAGAGAAGGGAGUUCCUACUGAUUCUGUUCUAGAUAUAUCUGUCCUUGAGAAUUUUGUUAAGAAGUUGAAGACAAAGUCUAAGUCCUCUGGUGUUGUUAUAAAAGAAUGA